GCUGGAGCGGCGGCGGAGGAGGAGGGCUUGCUUCGCCUCCGACCUCGGUGGUGGUGUCUGGCUGGCUGGUUACUGGAUAUAAAGCACAUUCCUAUUUGGGUUGCGCUGCUUCUUUUGGUCAGAGGACACACCGAGCUGCCACAGUUUUUUUGCUGAUACAGUUAUUUGUUGUCAUAGACUGUGACCUUCAAGGUGCUGCGGAGUAAUAAACCAGGAUGACGGUUGAGCAGGAAUUGAUUUAACUUGCUUGCUUGGAUGGUUUGUUUCUGGAUUUGGAUUUUCAUGGUUAUGGUAUGGAUACGUUAGGAUGAAAGCAUAUUGAUUUUAGACAUCAACACUAGCUAAAACGGGUUGAGUGAUGAAGAAAUGGCAUGGUGGCUUUGUCAUAGUAUCUUUGUUCAUUAUCUUGAUUCUAAGAUAUGUUAUAUUGGAUAGCCCACUUGCAGAAAAAUCUCUUCAGUAUGUAUUCCAACAAAAUAGCACAGCCCCACUAAAUUGGCUGGAUGUUCCAAACCCACCUGCAGUUCAGAAUCCACAGAACAUCUCUCAAGUAAUAUCAACAGAAUUGUUAGCUUCAAACCUUUCCAUAACAAGGAAUCUCUCUGAUAGAGAGCUGCAGUCUUUGCAUUCUUGGAAUCAUUUAAAAGACCUAGUAAGUCAUGCGCACAUCCUACCAGAUGGAGUUGAAGCAAUCAAGGAAGCUGGAGUUGCAUGGAGGAAGCUAAAUGCAGCCCUUGAAUAUGAUGACUCUGUUGUUUCUGCCAAUGGUAGCACUCAGCAAAAGAGUAAAGAGAAGCAAUGCCCAUAUUCCAUUCGAAGAAUGAAUGCUACAAGGUUAGGUGACAGAUUUGUUUUGAAGAUUCCUUGUGGACUGAUCCAGGGCUCUUCAAUAACUAUGAUCGGUACUCCCGGUGGUCUUCUGGGUAAUUUCAAGAUAGAAUUAACUGGGGCUACUGUGCCUGGUGAACCAGAUCCUCCAAUUGUGCUUCACUACAAUGUCCGUCUUCUUGGUGACAAACUUACAGAAGAUCCUGUUAUAGUCCAAAAUACAUGGACCAUAGCUGAUGAUUGGGGUUCUGAAGAUCGUUGCCCACAUACUGAUUCAGAUGCUAAGGACACUGCAAAAGUGGAUGACUUAGAAAAAUGCGGCAGCAUGGUGGGCAAAGAUAUAAAAGAAACCUGGGCUGCUAAGUUAAAUUCCAAUGUUAGCAUACAACCUGCCUGGAAAAAGAACACAAAAUCUGGCAAAUAUUUUCCCUUCAGACAAGGAUAUCUUGCUAUAGCAAUUCUUCGUGUUGGAGCACAUGGGAUCCAUAUGACAGUAGAUGGGAAACAUGUCACUUCAUUUGCAUUUCGGGAGGAUUUGGAGCCUGGGUUUGUUGGUGAAGUAAGAAUUGCAGGAGAUAUUAAUUUGUUGUCUGUGAUAGCAAGUGGUUUGCCUACAACAGAGGACUUUGAGCAUGUGACUGAUUUAGAAAUUUUGAAAGCUCCACCAGUCCCUGUGGACAAACCCCUGGAUCUUUUCAUUGGGAUCUUUUCUACAGCUAACAAUUUCAAACACAGAAUGGCAGUUCGCAGAACUUGGAUGCAGUAUGAUGCUGUCCGCUCGGGAAAGGCUGCAGUUCGAUUCUUUGUUGGCCUGCAUAAAAAUGAGGUGGUGAAUGAGGAACUCUGGAAUGAAGCACGGACAUAUGGAGACAUCCAAUUGAUGCCCUUUGUUGAUUAUUAUAGCCUGAUUCUAUGGAAGACUAUAGCCAUAUGCAUCUAUGGGACAAAUGUGCUUUCAGCCAAGUAUGUGAUGAAAACAGAUGAUGAUGCUUUUGUCCGUGUGGAUGAGAUCCUUUUAUCUUUAGACCGAGUAAACAUCAGUCAUGGGUUGCUGUAUGGUCGUGUCAAUUCCGAGUCACAGCCUCACCGAGAUCCGUAUAGCAAGUGGUACAUAACCCCAGAGGAAUGGCCCGAGGAGAGUUAUCCUCCAUGGGCACAUGGCCCAGGAUACAUUAUAUCACAAGACAUAGCGAAAGAAGUUUACAGGAAACACAGGAGAGGAGAGCUGAAGAUGUUCAAACUAGAAGACGUUGCAAUGGGAAUAUGGAUCAACGAGAUGAAGAAGGAUGGCUUGGAUGUAAAGUACGAAAGUGAUGGGAGGAUUUUGGUUGAAGGCUGCGAGGAAGGGUAUGUGGUUGCACACUAUCAGGAGCCAAGGGACAUGAUGUGCCUAUGGGACAAAUUUCUGAAAACAAAACGAGGAACAUGUUGCAAGGAGUGAUCAGAGUGAAGGUACUAAUGUGAACAUGUGUUUUGGUGGCUACUUAUAGCAAUUGCCUGCUGAUACCAACGACAAGCUUGGCACAAUGCCACAAACCCAUGCAAGAGGAGCAGGUUAGUUAGCACCUGGCUUAAUUUUGGUGGUUGCAGGAUCAAUGGGCAACAAAGUUUUGAAUAUCACACACUUUUCUUUUUCCGCGGGAACGAGAUUGAAGUCUCACCAUCAUAUUUUGUAGAAGAUGUAGGUUUCUUCUGAUUUGGGCAUAUAGGUAGGAAGGUGUUGCUUAGUUGCUUGCAGUGUGGCUUCCUGUAACAUAUCUUACUAGAAAAAAUGUAGGAUACAUCGGCAUAUUACACUUGUAGGGUAGGCGCAGAGGGAGUAUUACCAAUUUACCAUUCAUUCUUUUACUAGGCUGUAUCUGAUGUAAAGCUAUUUGUCAACUACUCAUUGUACAUUCCACUUCCUAUCCACGGCAUAACUGGAUGGGUUUUUUUUUCCAAGUUGUACUGUACAGAUC